AUGGGGGUCGCGGAUGGCGAGCGAGUGGAGCAGGAGCAGAACCGCAUGUCUUUCUUCUACGUGCCCAUCUUAACAGUCGUCGAUGGGGGUUUAAAUUGGGAUAUUGUGCUUUUCCACAGCAGCAAAGUCUCCCGUGAUACGCUGUACGAAGCUGUGAAGGAAGUCCUUCAAGGGAGUCAGGCAAAGCCACGCAAGUUCUUGGAGACUGUGGAGUUGCAGAUCAGUCUGAAAAACUAUGACCCACAAAAGGACAAGCGUUUUUCUGGCACUGUCAGGCUCAAGUCUGCUCCAAGACCUAAAUUCUCAGUCUGUGUCCUGGGGGAUCAGCAGCAUUGUGAUGAAGCCAAAGCUGUUGACAUCCCACACAUGGAUAUAGAGGCCCUUAAAAAACUGAAUAAGAACAAGAAGCUAGUAAAGAAACUAGCCAAGAAAUAUGAUGCUUUUCUGGCCUCUGAGUCCCUGAUCAAACAAAUUCCUCGAAUCCUGGGGCCAGGACUGAACAAGGCUGGCAAGUUCCCUUCUCUUCUCACUCACAAUGAGAACAUGGUGGGCAAAGUAGAUGAAGUGAAAUCCACAAUCAAGUUUCAAAUGAAAAAGGUGCUGUGUCUUGCUGUGGCAGUUGGUCAUGUGAAGAUGACUGAGGAUGAGUUGGUCUACAACAUUCAUUUGGCAGUCAAUUUCCUUGUAUCUUUGCUGAAGAAAAAUUGGCAAAAUGUGCGUGCCUUGUACAUCAAAAGCACCAUGGGGAAACCCCAGCGCCUGUAUUAAUGACAAUAUAGAUAUAGAUAUAUUUCAGCUAAUACAGUUCUCUUUAGCUAA